AUGAAAAAUGGCGAAGAGAAGUCGUAUGUAAUAGCAGACCGUGAGGAUGCUAGUGAUAUAAGUGAACCCGAAAUAAUCAAUUCUGCAUCUUACAGUAAUGGAGAGAGCAGCGACUCUGCAGACAGAAGCGGGGUCCUGGUAGCUCAUGUACCUGAUUUACCAUCUACUGUUACAUUCCUUGAGGGUCCUUCCGGUAGCCAGGUUUACAUAAUCGGAACAGCACAUUUCUCUGAAGAAAGUAAUCAAGAUGUUGUUAGCACUAUUGAGAAAGUUCAGCCUCACAUCGUCUGUUUGGAGCUGUGUAAAAACAGGUUGCACGUGAUCAAGUGCUCGGAGGAGGAGAUCCUGGAAGAAGUGCAGAAUAUCGGGCUGAACAAGGUCAAGGAACUCAUCUCAAGAUCGGGGGUGUUUUAUGGACUAUUCCAGCUGGCCUUCCUUCAUCUCAGUGCUGGGCUAACUAAACAGCUCGGCAUGGCCCCUGGCGGAGAGUUCAGGGCAGCGUAUAGAAAAGGAAGAGAACUAGGCUGCACAUUCCGACUGAGUGACAGAUCGAUACAGACCACACUGCAGCGAGCCAUCUACUCGCUGACCGUGUGGAAACAGCUUGGACUUGCUGUGAAAACUAUCUUUAACAACGAGAAGAUAACCAAGGAGGAUGUGGAGAGUUUCAAGGGUGACGUUCUUCAGAAGCUGAUAGAGGAGAUCACGGGAGAGUAUCCCAACCUGUCCAGAAUAUUCGUGGAUGAGAGAGACCAGUUCCUGUCGAGGAGGAUAUUUGACGCUUCUGGGGAGGCAGUGUGCAAACACACGUCAAGCAACAAUGAGUCUGAUGACUCAGAAGAUUGUGUCGCUGUCGAAGAAAAGACGAGAAUUGUGGCGGUCGUCGGAAUUGGACAUAUAGCUGGGAUAAAGAAGUACUGGGGCUCUACUGUAGAUUGUGAAGCACUGUGUAUCAUCCCAGAGUCUUCCGUCACAUCCAGAGUACUCGCCAAAACAAUCAAGUACUCAGUUCUGUCGUUGCUGCUGUACGGUACCUACAAGGUUAUGUCGCUGGGCUACAACGGAGUCUACCCUUACCUACCCUCAGUCUCUCCUUAUCUGUAUUCUCUAUUUGACUUACUCAAAUCCUUCACCAACUUUUAGUUUCAGUCGGUCAAAUAAUUUUUAUUCUGAUAAACUGGCGAUGAUUUCCUCAAAUAAAAAAAACUGUAUAAAAUACAUUGUGUAUAUAAUACAA